CAAGACAGGCAGUCACAUCACUCACAAUCAUGCAUGUGAUGUGUCUGUGUUGUGCAACACACACACACGCACAGAUGUGCAGUGAUGCACAGAUGAAGCUUUAGACAGAAGUCUUCUGCUGUCUCUGUGUGAACUCUUGGGGAGUCAUAGAGGAUAACAAGGUGAAACUGUGGUGCUUCAGAGAAGCAGGCUGCCUUCCCCAUAUCUGUGUCCCCUUCUAUGGCUGCGGAUGACUACAACCCUGUCUCCCUCCGACACAAGUCCAAGAGGAAGAGCAGAGGAGGAAAUGGUACGAUGAGCCGAAGACGAAUAUCGGUCAAAGAGCUGGGUCAGCCUGACCACCAGGGCUGGCUGUACAGGAAGAAGGAGAGCAAAGGCUUCCUGGGCAUCAAAUGGAAGAAAUACUGGUUUGUGCUGAAGAAGACCGCGCUCUACUGGUACACCAACCAGCUGGCAGAAAAAGCCGAGGGCUACAUUGACCUCACCAACUUCAUGAUUGACAGAGCCAUAGAGUGCAAGAAGAAACAUGCGUUCAAAGCUUGCCACCCACAAGUCAUGAUGUUCUACUUUGCUGCUGAAGGUCACGAGGAGAUGAACCUAUGGUUAAAUAAACUUGGGUUAGCCUCCAUUCACUAUGAGCCAGCGGAACCGAACCCAACAGCCGAGUGUUACAGUGAAGCCAGUGACCAUGAAGAGGCUGAAAGCACAGAGAUCCCUCCUCCGCCAUACUAUGAACAGACCCUGCGGAACUCUGUGGAUGCGUCCGGGCCGCUUGGCAGCACACAUCAGGGAACCCUCCCUCCCCCGUACUCCGCUGCAGUCCCCAGCGAAGCCAACGGUUCGCUCUCGUCACCAGUCAGUACGAUGACAUCGCAGAGCUCCGCCUCCUCACUGGCCAAGAACCGGCAGUCCUGGCUAGACCUGGUCUCGCAGGCGUCUCCUCCUGCCGGGGAAACGGUGGUGGUGGUGUGCUCGGCUCAGAUACACACAAAUCAGCCCCCGAAGGAGGAGAUGGAAGAGGAGGAGGAGGAGGUGGGAGUCUCGCAGGGUUUGGAAAUCCUGGCUCCCCAUGGCUCAUCAGGGACAGGCUCUAAUGAGGAAAGCCCUACUGUGGAGGCGGAGCCACAGAUAGUGGUUAUAGGUGCACAAAAUGAAGUGGAUCGUGAAAGCGGCUCGGAUGAGAUGGAGAAGCUGUACAUUCAUCUGAAAGAGGCCAGUCUGUCGCCAAUAGGACAUCGCAAACCCUCUACUAAAAGGGAAUUCAGGGCCUCCUUCGUUAAGCGCUGUAAAAACCACGCCGUCAAUGAUAAACUGCACCUUAUCAGGACACUCAACAGCACAUUAAAGUCGAAAGAGGCGGACCUUCAGACACUCGAGCAGGUGCUGCUGGACCAGGAGCUUACCUCACACAGGUUCAGAGAGUGGAAGGAAGCCAACGCUCCCUUGGUGCAGGAGAUCUGUGUCAAACAGGACCAGCAGGUGGCACCAGUGGCCACAAAAGCUGCAGCGUCAGCCGACGCUGCUCCUCUGGUGGAGACCAGUUUAUAAAAUCUCCUAAUGACUGUGUAUUCGUGCACAUACUGAUGUUUUCAGCUGAGACUACUGCUCCACAUCCACAUGGGACUGUUGUACUGCUGAACGGCACCUGGAUCAAUGAAGAAUUGUCUUUUUAGAGCCUGAAUUGGGACUUGGUAUGAAAAGCAGGUCGCAUAGAAAAAUGUGACUCGUGUUUUUAGUAUUACUUUUACUGUGAGAUGAGCAAAUUUGAACUGUUUUUAUGAUGUCAUUCUGUAGAUGUAUGCAUAAACUGUUGUAAUAUUUUGAAUGAUGGACAAUGAUGAAAUAAUGGAUCCAUUGUUCUGUGCAUGAAAAACCCUUUUGUUUGUUUUUUUUACAGUUUGUUUCAUCUUUUUUUAUUUCCUCUGUAGUGAACACAUUUGUUUUUUUAAAAUUCUGUUUUUAGUGUCUUAUUGGUGCCAUGCACCAUCACCGCAUGUUACAGAGAAACUGUUGUGAAUGAUUGAUGUGUGUGUGUGUGUGUGUUGUCCCACUUGCCAUAAAGACUUUACAGACUGAACACCUUAUUCUUAGAAGAAGGGGAGGGGGAAAAAAUACAGUUUUCUAUUCUACUAAACAAUAACAAACUCUGAAGAAUUUCAAACAUGUUGUUAAACACAGGAUGCAUCAUGGGUAAUUUUGUUAUAAACAGAAUUUUGGGCCAGCAAACCCAAACUCUGCAGUAGUUACAGAUAAGCAGGUGAUCUCAGCAGGGCAAAUGGACCAACCUGUUAGUAGGCCCACAAUUGAAAUCUGGAUUUUUCUAGUUUUUAAAUAAGUCUCACCCAGUGUGCAUGUUAAUUAUCAACUACUAUAUGUGUAAAUAGUUACAUUUUCUGUCAUAAAAUGUCCAUGUGAUUGUUUGUAUAUAGGGAAAUAAACACAUGUCACAAGAGUGAAAA